CCCACCCACUCCCAUCCGCCGCAUGGCCCCCCAGGCGUACGACGACGACGACGCCCCGCACGCCGCGACUACUGGACUGCGCAUCUCGGCGGGCUUCACGCUCGACGACGCGUUCUCGGACAAUGAUGACAUCGACGUGCCGGAGUUCAGCCCCGCCGCGGUCCGCAAGGAGUUCGCGGAGAGGAUGAACGGCGCGGCGGACGGCUGGGAGGUCGGCGAUGGCGGCAUAGAUGAGCUCGUCGCGAAGAUUGGGCUGUCGGUCGACCCGGACGCGUCGGUGUCCACCUUUGACAUCGAUGCCGAGCAGGAUACCCCGCCGGCCUCGCACUCGCCGUCUCCCCGAGUGUUCCCGUCGCGCAUACAGUCGACAUCCUCUUCGCACCAGGAUUCUUUGUAUGACGUGCCGCUUUCCUCUGAAUUCUCGCAGGUCUCGCUGUCGGACAAUCGGUCGCCGUCCCCGCCGCAACACGAUGAGCCGGAGGAGAUCGUGUCUGACUACCCCGCCGUCCAGAUAGAUCUCUCCGCGCAAGAGGCCGUCACCAAGCAAACACAUCCCGAGCGUACUUCGGUCGACUCGGCGCUUUCUGAACAAGAGUCCUCCGAUGGCGCGCAUCCCAUGCAACAUCCACAGUACGCUGCUUCGCUUGACAACUUCCGCCCCAAGAGCCCGCCUCCGCCACUAAACGUCCCACUAUCCAAUACCGGGGCCUCUUCCACCUCUGCCCUGCCGCUGCCCUCAUCAUCUUCCCUCCCAACGCCCACAACCCCGAAGUUCUCUGAUCCCCCACCACCAGCUUCGCGCCACAGGCUUACGCGCUCGGUCGGACCGAGCAUGCUUGAUAAAGUCAUCAGCAAGACGCGUCCUACAUACCUCCCACCGAAGCCGCGCGCCGAAGACAGAAAACAUCAGCAUGACUGGGAAGAGAUGAUGAAACGUAGUCGCGCAGCGGAGGAGAGGAGGCGCAAAACGCUGCAAGACCGACGUCUCGCGCGCGAACAGCGCAUAGAGAUGUCGAUCAGUAUAUGGGAGCGCGAGAUCGUUCCGGACUGGACAGUCGUUCACCGAGAUCCAAACCUACGGCGAUUGUGGUGGCAAGGGAUACCGACCAAGCUUCGCGCGCCGAUGUGGCAGGCCGCCGCGGGUAACGCGCUUGCUCUCAGCAAAGACGCGUACAAGACGUGUGCGUCAAGAGCGAAAAGGGCCCUGGCGUCUGGCUCGUUUCCAACGACAGUGCUGGGUUUGCUGGAGGACGACAUUCGGACCACACUACCCGCUAUAUCUCUAUUCGCACCCGAGAAGGGUCCGUUGUAUCAAGAUCUACGAGACAUGCUGUGUGCAUGGGUUGUAGCGCGCUCUGAUGAGGGCCUGGGCUAUGUAGUCGGCGUAGCCAAGAUCGCAGCGAUGAUUCUACUCAACAUGCCUCCCUCACAAGGCUUUGUCGUUCUGCGGAACGUGCUUGAGCGACACUGUUUGAGGUCAUUUUACGGCGGAAUGGCCUCGAAGGAUGAUGUAGAAGCAUACUACAGGAUAUUUGACACCCUCUUGGCCGAUGGGAUGCCCAAAAUCUACUUCAACUUCAAGCAGCAUCAAGUGUCGCCCGCAGCGUACCUGCCGGAUUGGCUCGUCCCUCUAUUCCUAGACCACCUGCCCUUCGAAGCGUGCGCGCGAGUGUGGGACGUCAUCAUGCUAGAAGGCGAUGCCUUCCUCUACCGUGCGGCACUGGCCAUCUUGGGUGUCUUGGAGCCACGGCUAUUCUUCCCAGACAAAACGGAGCUGCUUGAGCUACUACGGGGUGAAAACAAAGCUGCGUUGGAGGUCGCGAAGCGAGAUGGCCGGCUGCUCAACAACGGCAAGUACGAGAUCUACGGCGUAGACGAGGAGAAUCUCUGGGAGCGCAUCGACAGCAUGGACGAGUGGUGGCGCGAGAGCACUUGGAAGAGAUUGAUAGAACGGGAACUGCCGGACUUGUAGCAC